ACUGACGGUAUGCAUGUCGUGAAACAUUUACUGAGCCAUAAUUCCUUGUGAUAAUGGAAGGAUGUACCUUGAACACGGCCCAUGCCGUGGAACGUAGGGCCGAGGCGUUAGUCAACGAGAGGAGGUAUGAGGAGGCUGCGAGGUGCCACGAACAGGCUGCCCAGCUAUUUUCUGAAGUCCAGAUAAAGAUACAGUUGCCUAACCUUGACAACGUACGGAAUUUCGAGGUUGGGGAAUCGACCCGAUGUUUGAACCCCUUGACAAGGCCAUCUCAAUUACACACUGCUAUUGAAUCCAUCCAGCUGCAACGAGAUUACCAUCGCAAACAGGCAGCAUUUGUCAGAAUGCAGCAGGUUCAAUACGAAGAGUACAAAGCAGCAUUGGAAACACACGAAAAAGAACUACUGUCUAAUCAGAUUGCGAAGCACUCUGCAAAUUUGAGUUCGAGGAACUUUGUCACCGUCGACAAAGAUGACAAGUUUCUUCAUGAAGCUAUCGACAGAGCAAUGGAUGAACAAGACAGUUUGAUAGACCUAAUAUUGACACCGCAAAAUGAAACCAUACCGGUAAAACAUCCAAAAGAUUCAGCUGUUGUGCUAGAAGAACUGCGAACAGUCAACAGCCAGUUGCGACUGUUAAUCGGAACACUAUUGAACCAGCUCGACUCUAGUCAACAACAGAUUAAAGUACUCACUGAACAAUUGAGAGCAGCGACAGCCCCUGACAAGGAGUCCCUCCACUCAAACACUGAAGAUAGUUCAAUAAGUCUUGCCCCAUUGCCGCCGCUUGCCCCGUUGGAAAUGCCGUCCUUUGACUUUGCCACUUCGUAAUAGGGAAAAUAUUGCAUCUUGGAUGUGCUUAAUAUUUAUCUCUUUAAAAUCAGUCAAAUUUUUGUCACAGUAAGAGGAAACAAGUAUCAAGUGAUAAUCUCAUAAUAGUAUUAAAUAUUUAAGUAACAUGUGUA